UGAACUCCAAUAAAUACCUUUAAAUCCUCACACAACGUGCAAUGCCUCACGUACACAAAUCACUUCUAAAUAAGAGUAGAGAACCAUACUUUCUCCUCCUUCUUCAAGCUUUUUUACAAAAGCAAUAUGGAGACAGAAUCACUAUUGCCUGAGCCAACUUAUGGUGGCAUAAAGAGGUACUUGAGAAGGAGGCGCUACCAACGCCUCGACGGCGGCGGUGGUGCCACCGCCACCGGUGGAAAGAAAACAAAGAUGAUUAGGUCAAGAAGAAGAAGCCCACAUAGGCAAUGGAGGAUGAAGGCAAUUCCAAAAUUGACAUGGAUGGUUAGGUCUCCCUUGAAGAUGAUGGCAAAGCUCAAAAAUGCUUACACGAACUUCAUGUUGAAGUCCAUGACCACGGACAACAUAUUUGGUAGCAAAAGGAUUCCAAAGGUUGAUCCUCAAGUGUCUAAAGGUUAUAAGGGUGAUGCGUUUGAGGCUAGGCUCAUUUUUGAGAUCUCCAAGGCCUUGGUUGCGUCUCAUGAACUAUAUCCUGUGCACUAAUUGUUUCUUCUUUGAUCCUUCUUCUUUUUUAUUUGGAUUUCUCGAAUUUUCCUUUCUAAAUUUCCCGUGUGAUUCCGCAGAAAAUGUUGAAGAAUCACCUAGAAAUUGUAAUUUAUUUCUUGUUAAACGUAUACAAUUUGAUUCUCUGACCAAUUACCAUAUAUAUGUUCUCA